CCCAAAUGGGUAAUUUCCGUAUUUAUCCAUACCAUCAAAAACGAAACAAAAAUAUUUCGGAUAUACAAGUUGAAGAAAAUAUCCUGUACGUGUAGUCCCAAUAUCGCGAUGUUACAUCACCGUGGCCUCGAGGGCAACGUAUACGAAGUGAGCGAGGGAGUUCGACCACCCUGGUAGCGCUGACAGUGAUCGUAAUGACGGAGGUUAAUGGUACCAGUACAGCUAUAGUGCUCGUGUGUUGGCUCCCGUUCAAGGUAGAUGAGGGAGGGAAAGAAAGAGAAAGCGAGAAGGGUAGAGCUCACUAUAUCUGUACCUGACGAGUGUGUUAGUAAACCGGGGCUUUGUGGACUUGAUACACACCAAGGAAAGCUGGUGGAGGGCAAUGGAUGAGGGUGCAGUCAGUCAGUCAGUCGGCGCCUGGUCGUAGCGUCGACAACGUCACUCGAUGGACACCUCGCUCCUCGAGGACUGAAAAAACCUAAAUAUUAUAUUUACAAAGAAAAGCUCUUUCCUUUUUUUAACUUGACCUGUGUCAGCGCCAAGAAGUUGCUCCUGCACCAAUGAACGAAAGAUCAAAUAAGCUUUGUCAGAGGAGUUUUGGAAAUUGUUGAGGAGACACACCGAUAAUGCAAAGACGAUUAUCCGGAGAUGUCUAACAGUAGAAGAGCGACGCGACCGGUCAGGCAGCUGUCGUUGCAGCAGCCUGUGCCGCGUCGACAGCAUCUGAGACGACAGAGAUCAGCAGAGGAUGAUUGCGGCAAGUCCUUGCAGAUCUAUGCGAAUCCAAUCACGCGCGGAAGAUUAGCCGCGAAUGCGACGGAGAAACCCAAGGUGCGAGUUGCCUGGGGCGAAGAUCGCCGCGACAGCCUGGCCCAGGUAGAGGUAGUGGCUCGACAGAUCCCGAGUCGAUCCAGACCGACCACAGGUCGAUCUGGCAGAACUUAUGCCACCACGGAGAAGGCGUCGAUCCUUUACUCGCGGCAGGAGCUCGCCGAGAGAUUGCGACUCGCGUGGAAACAUCGCGAGCAGAACAAGGCAAACAUCGACAUUUUUCUAGCACACAACGUGGAGGAACGCUGUGAUUCACAAUUGUCGUUAUCCGUCCCGUCAACCCCUCUUCCUAGAAAGGAACCUAAUUCUAUUCAGGAUAAUGAGAGAAAAGACCAGCGAAGUCCAGCAGCGCUGAGCAAUUUGGAAGAUCGAGCGAAGGAAACAUGUAAGGAUUAUGAGGUGAAUGUAGGUGAAAGAUUAUGUGGGAAGAAGUUGGAGACUGUGCCCCGAUCGAUAGACAAUGAUUUGUUGACGAAAAAGGAUGAGACUGCAACGGAAAGCGUAAAAAACGAAGAAAGAGAUAACGAGAAAUCGUUAGACUCGCACGAUAAUUUGGACGCUGUGGAGGAGGAAGAGAGGAAAAAGAAGACGCGUAUAAAUAUCGAUUGCACGAGUCUUCAUCUUCCAGCGGCCGAUCAGCCACCUCUUUCAUGCUUGAAAAUGGCGGAAAAUGCGGAUCCGGUGAAGGCCAAUGCCGAUUUCUCAUCGGCAAAGCAGAAGCGCGCGAGUUUUCACAGCGGCACCAAUCGCGCCUUCCUCGUGCCGAUGGUGGAGAAAUUAUCGCCCUCGCCGAAGGGACCAUCGGAGGCGAAGAAUAAGAGUCUCGCACCGGCGAAAUCGAUCGAGAUCAGAUGUGCCUCGGCCUUGGACAAGAGUGCCGCGACCAAGUCGUCGAUCGACAGAGGUGCCGCUCCUCUCACGAGCUCAUCCACGACAAGCCUGGAAAAGGCGAGAAGGACAAGUUCCGCGCCACCGCAGAGGCGAAAUCUCACGCGCGUUCAAGUGAACAUCGUGAUCGACGCGCCUGGCCUCACCACAGAGGCGACAGAUAAAUUGAUCGUCUGUGAAAAAGUGCAGGACGGGAAAGAAGACGCUGUGGAAAAGUACGGGGAAGGCACGACGAAGAUAUCGCGAGGGGAGCGAUCGACAAGAUCGGCGCCUUUAAAGAGGCGAUCAAGAAGCGCGAAGAGACGUCUCCUCGCCUCGGGGCCGAGCAAGGACGAGGAUCGCAGAGGACGUGGGAGGGCCUUCGUAGAUCCCAAGACGAGCGACGUGGUCACCAUGGUGUCGUUAGUCAGCUCGGCCGAUAGCGAUAGCGACGUGGAGAACUCGCCGUGUGACGAUAAGCUUAUCAGCGAGCUGCGCAGCAAGUUGCCCACCACGCCUAUCAUCAAGACGUCUAUCAACCCCAAUCCCGGCACAGCGAGAAAGCCCAUUAAGUCAGUUUCCUUUCAGAGAGACUCGUUCGACGAGGAACCGAUGAAAGAGGAGAAGCGAAUCGUCAGCAAUAUUCAACUCCCCCGUUUUGGCCUCGCCGUUAACGUCGCACACGAAAACAGCAGUGAGGACCUGAGGGAGCAGGACAGCAGGACUGUCAUCGAUAGUAUCGUUACGAUGCCGACGCUGGCCGUCGAGCCCAUAUUAAUUCCACAGGAUUCCGAGAGGACAAUGCCGGAGGCACCGCUGACUGAUCGCGAAAAGAGGUGCCUGGCGGUGCCGAUCGGUGAUCUGCACGACAAGAAGCGGAAGCUGUUACGAACGCGCAGCACAUCGGCUCGCCCGAUAAUAGCAGAACGGACAAAUAGCGGACCGAUAGAAAUAAAAGAACAAAGAAUACCUCUGACGAUACCGCGAGUUGAUCUCGUCGCGAUUCCAUCUCCACCGAUCGACACUCCGCUUUCGAAAAUCGAACAAUUUCCUAAAGAGACGGUGUCGGCGAAAGAGAUGCCACCAGAAGUGACGUUGUCGUCGGAGCCACAUUUUCAAACGACCAAGGAAAAGGAAUGCUGGCAUCUUUACAGGCGGAUGUGUGAUAAGGGCGUGUGCGUGUCCUUCGAUACUGUUCUAAGAGGCAUGCUAACACCGACAGAAUAUCGAUUGCGUCAAAAGGAAUAUUCACAGGAUUUGCCAUAAAAUUCGCAAAGAAGUUGAAUUGUUUUAGAUAUUUUUUAAUAUUUAGAUACUUUUUUAAAGAAAUUGUUUUUUUUUUUUUUAAUUAGUUGAUUGUUUGUAAAAGAUAAACGAGAAAACAUUA